AUGUCCACCAGCAUGGAGAAGACAGCUUCAAAGACUGAGCCCAUCUCGUCGACUAAAAACAUCGAUUUUGACUCUGGCUACCAUGAAGACCUCGCAGGAACGAUACAGACCGAUCGAGCCCUACUAUGGAGACGGGACGUGGUGCUUGUGCCAGUCACGGGACUUUUAUAUAUGAUCAUGUUUUUGGACCGUACGGCAAUCGCAAACGCCCACAUCGCCGGUCUGGAUGAAGGUCUUAAUCUGCCUUCUGAGGGAUACGGUGUUGCGCUCAGCUUGUUCUACAUCCCGUUUGUUCUGGCUGAAGUGCCAUCUAACCUCCUUUUGAACACGAGGAGGAUACCACCAAACUACUAUCUCGGGGCCAUGACGUUCCUGCUGGGCACUCUGGCCAUGUGUCAAGGGUUGACGGAGUCGUACGGAGGGCUCCUCGCCCUGAGGUUCUUGAUGGGUAUCUUCGAGGCUGCUCUCCCGGGAGCUUGUACAUUCCUCAUCAGCAUGUACUACACCAAACGGGAGGCCUCGAUACGAUUUGCGUGGUUCUUCAAUUUUGCCCUGGCUGGGCCGAUGUUUUCUGGGCUGUUGGCAUAUGCCAUAGUCGAGAACUUGGACGGGACGGGUGGUUAUGAAGGCUGGCGCUGGAUCUUCAUCAUCGAAGGGCUGAUCACUGUCUUCUUCGCUUUGAUCGCUCUCGUAUUUGCACCAAACUUUCCGGGAAAAGCCCAGAAGUGGUUCCUCAAAUACGAACAAAAGGAAAGACUCAUUGCCACACUCGAGGCGUCCCGAGGCCACGAAGAGAAGGGAACAGUGUCCGACGCCGUACCGAUCUGGAGAAUCUUGACUGACUGGCGCAUCCAUCUCUUCACCAUGUGCUUCUUCUGUUGCGAUAUCACGGCUUCUUCAAUAUCCGCGUUCAUGACGACUAUUCUCACGGAUUUGGGAUAUGAAUCAACGACUGCUCAACUGAUGACGAUGCCGGUAUGGGCUGCUGGGAUCGUGUCCACCUUCGUCGUUACCUGGGCCGCAUCGUACUUCAACUGGCGUUUUCCGUUCAUCUAUGCUUGCCAAUGCUGUCAACUGGUUGGCUGGAUCAUCAUGCGAGUCUAUGUUCCAGCCGCCGGCGUUCGCUACGCAGCGCUGUUCUUCAUGAGCGUUGGUGAGCCUUUCCGACCCAAAGUUCUCCAAAACACAACGUCUGACACUCUGGGGAUGUAG